AUGGCUUCCAAUCCACCUCCAAUCGACCCCAAGUCUUCGCUGACGGACGAAAACUUUGCAGCCGAGCUGCGCUCGCUCGCCGCCCAGGCCCGAGCCGACGCCUCCUGGGCCACCUGGGCACGGUCGGCCGUCAAGCAGGCCGGAUUCUACGGUCGCGCCGUCUUGUUGCUGGUGCUCGCUGCUGUCUCGGCCAACGCCUCACUGGCGGCUCUCUCGCCCGUCUACGGCGCCAUCCCGGCGGCUGCCAACCACACGGCUGUCGUGGCGGCCGGCUGCUUCGUCGGCUGGUCCUCGAACCUGCACUUGCGCCGCCUGCUUCCUCACGUCGCUCGACGUCACAGAAACACGCUUCUCCUCCGCUGGAACGCCCCCGUGCUCGCCGUCGGCCUACCGCUGCUGGCCGCCUACCUGCCGGUGGCCCAGUACUUGCUCGCCGGCGUCUCUACCGUGUUGACGGCCCGCUGGGGCCCCGCCAUCACCGAGGCCCUCACGCUUUUCCCCCUCGUCGCCGGCUCGGCCGCCUGUGUGGCCACCGAGCUCGAGGCUGCUACCGGUAUCGAGGACGUUCUCCCGCGUCUACCCAGCUGGUUGACCGAUGCCUUGCCCGGCCUCGGCUCCUGGGUCGUCUUCAAGGCCGCCGAGCGCUGGACGGCCGAUCCGGUCUUCUUCACCACCCAUCUCGCUUCCGAGACUGCGGCUGCUCUCGACACUCGCGUCCUUCGCCAGCUCGCCAUCAUCGUCGCAUAUGCCGUUGCUGCUCCGUCCCGCCUGCUCUGGUACGCCGUGCCGGCACUGCUGCAUGCUGCCGUUCUCAACGUGCACGUCGCCGAACCGACGGCUUGGACACUUCCGUCAGCCAAUGUUGCACUGCAGACCGCGGCUGUCCGUCUUCGCGGCGCCGAUACUUGGGUCCUGCUCGAUCGCCGCGAAUCCGUCACCGGCUACCUCGCCGUGCUCGAGAACCUCGACCAGGGCUUCCGUGUCCUUCGCUGCGAUCACAGCCUCCUCGGCGGCGAGUGGACUCGCUUCCCGGCCAACCCUGUCGCCGAGCCCAUCUACGGCGUCUUUGUCAUGCUCGAGGCCGUCCGCCUCGUCGACGUAUCCGCUCCCGUGCCUGAUGCAGACGCUCGUGCUCUCGUCAUUGGCCUCGGCAUCGGCACCGCUCCGGCUGCUCUGGUUGCCCACGGCAUCGACACCACCGUCGUCGAGAUCGACCCUGGUGUCCACGACUUGGCUUCCCGCUACUUCCACAUGCCCGCCAACCACACCGCUGUCGUCGAAGACGCUGUGACGUAUGCUGAUCGUGCGGCUCAUGCUGUUCCUGCUGGCCCGCGCUACGACUACAUCGUGCACGACGUCUUCACCGGUGGCGCUGAGCCCAUCUCGCUCUUCACCCUCGAAUUUCUGCAGGAUCUGCAUGCGCUGCUCAAGCCGACUGGCGUCAUAGCUAUUAACUACGCUGGCGACUUCUCCUUGACCCCCAUCAAGGCUGUCGUCCACACCAUCCGCGCCGUCUUUCCGUCUUGCCGCGUCUUCCGGGAGCACCCGAGCGAGGCGUCAGAAGACGACAGCACCGACUUUGCCAACGUCGUCAUCUUCUGCACCCGCAGCGCCGCCCCCAUCUCGUUCCGCCGUCCUACUACGGCCGAUCUACUUAACAGCGCGACUCGCCGCCAGUUCUUGGUGCCGACUCACGAAGUUACCGAUGCUGACUUCCGCUCGCCCGUCGAGCCGCGUCUCGUCCGCCGCAACGACACCGAGCAGCUGUCCAAGUGGCACUACGAGAGCGCCCUGGGUCAUUGGCAGGUCAUGCGACGCGUGCUGCCAGCUCACGUGUGGGAGCUUUGGUAG